AUGACUGAUAUUAAUUCUCCAGUUAUUUGUGUUAUUUGCAAAAAUGAAUUCAGCAAAAAAACAUCAACGGGCACAUUACGCAAGCAUCUUGAUACACAACACCCAGGGUGGAGUACGAUUGAACUUUUUGCACUUACGCAAAAUAAUACAGUUUCAGUACAAACUUUAACUGUUGAUCAAAAGGCACGAUUUAAUACUUUAUUGGCUGAGUGGAUUGUUUCGGAUACCUUACCCUUUUCAACUGUUGAAAGUAAAGCAUUAAUUGCUUUGUUACACUUUCUUAAUGCCGCUCUUGAGUUACCUUCACGUGAAACCAUCAAGUCAAUUGUACAAAACUCUUUUAUUUCAAUGAGAAGUGAUGUUCAAGCCCUUUUUGGACAAAUUUUUAGUAAUAUUUCAAUUACGUUGGAUAUUUGGACUUCCCGUGCUAAUAUGCCUUUUCUUGGUGUUAUCGCACACCGGAUCAACAGUAAUUGGAACCUAAAAAAAAUUUUAGUCAAUAUGUGCAUGCUACCGCAUCCACAUACCGGUGAGGAUAUUAAAACAAAACUAGAAUCUAUUUUAGCAACUUUUAAUAUUACUACGAAGAUUAUUUGUGCAACUACGGAUAGUGGAUCUAAUAUUAUUUCUGCAAUUCGUUUAUUAAACAUGCACUUAUCUAUGCAAAAUUUUCAUUUUUAUUCACGUCGUUGUCUUGCACAUAUUCUGUAUCUCAUUGUUAUGGCAGGAAUGACACCAAUUAAACAUCAAUUGAAAAAGUACGAAAUUGGACAAUCGGUCGAUGAAGGCGAAGUAGUUCGCAAAAUUCUACAAGACGUAUCAACUAGGUGGAAUAGUACUUACCUUAUGUUAUCACUUAUACCACAAGAAGAUUCUGAUCUUCAAGUUGUUACUCAAUUUUUACAACCAUUUUACGAAGUUACUAAUAUAUUUUCUGCUUCAGUUCUUGAUCCUCGAAUCAAACUUGAAUUAAUGCCAGUUAAUAUAAACACCCCUGAAAACCGUGACUUUUUUAAUCAUAUUUUUCAAGAUUAUUCAGUGCCUGAACUAAAUGCUAAUACG